AUGACCGCGCAGCAACAACGCGGCUCAUACAUUUGCUUGGCGGCCGCAUCGCUCCUCGGCAGCGGGGCACCGAAUUCAACACAGAGGCGGAUAAUUAAACUGGCUCGCGACGAGAAAGGAAUUAGGGCGGCGAGACAGCCACCACGCAAACCUGAUAAACUAUGCUCUGUACGGGAGGACUGCUACUCGUACCUGUUUAUUCAUCCACCU